AUGAAAGAAACCACGAAGCCGGAGUUGCGAAACCUCAUGGCAUCUGAAAACGUCUCUGACGUUCAUUCCGAUAGCCUUGGAGAAUCGCUUCAACAAUCUUCGCCAUCGUGGCUCAGGAGAGUGGGUGUUUCCAUACCCCUUCUAGUCCUUCCAAUUGUCUAUGCUACUCUCCUCGCCGCAAUGGGUUAUCUCCAUGGAAAGACGCAGUCUUCGUUCGGUGACGCGGUACUUGAGAUUCUUAGUGUCGCUUCUACGCUGUGGCCUAUUUUGUUCGCGGCAGUUCUCGGCCCAGUACUAAAGACCGUUGCACUCUUCCAGGCCGAACGAGGUUUAACACUAGGCUCUCUGGAAUUCCUAUUGACCAGUCAGACCACGGCAUCUGCUCUAAAGAACUUUGUAACCAUGGGUUGGAUUGGUAGCUGGGCCAUAGUUGUUCUUACAGCAUGGUCCCUCAGUCCUUUAGGAGGUCAAGCCGCCCUUCGUUCAUUGCAUCGCCAUCAGAAUCCUGUAUCAAUGCAAAAACCAGCAGCAUACUAUCUCGGCAACAACAGAAGUGACAUCUACCAACAUUAUUUCGAUGGGACGGGUGGAGUAAAUAGUGCAUCAUCUCCCUCUUUAUCCCUUAUCUACGACAUGACAACCGUUCUUUCUGCCUCAUUUUCGACACAGGACACGCUAGUCUCUCAUGCCAAUAGCAGCAGCCCAAACUACCACGAUGCCAUUGUUGGUCUUGGGGGGAAAUUGGAGGCUUCACGUAGUGGACGCAGAGAUCUCUGGCGCAACAUCCGCAUCCCCUUCAUUGAACUAUUGCCAGAGUACAGGAGCGAUGACCCACAUGCUUGGAUACCAGUUCCUGACGAUGAAAUCGUCCCUUACGCUUCGUUGAUAGGGCUGCCUAUCAGAAAUGGUUCAUCUGAAGGACCAGGAAACUCAACCAUGAAAGUGCAUUCCCGUUAUAUGACUCUUUCUUGUGGGAAAGCUUUCAAUGGAACCGAAAUGGUCAGCAACAGCUCGAGAGCACUAUGGUUGCAUGAUACUAGUUCUAAGUAUGCUUUAACAGGGCAAUUCAUCGAUCAAGCAUCAUCUAACGGUCUCCGGAACAUCUGGCUCGAUUUCCCUAAUAACUCAGUAACCGCAGAGCAUCUUGAUGGCCCAUUGCCCUUUGCGCCACGAUCUAAAUUGCAACUUAUAAUGGGUGGUUCAUGCUGGUAUCAAAUAACUGCUCAGGAGUCGCAAAGAACGCCAAUGAUUCAAGCAUGUGACAUCAGCACUUCAUACAUCGACAUGGAAGUUACUUGCAACAGACCAGCAGUCGAUGCUGGCUUGGUAUGUCAGGCUGAUCGGGUUCGACAUGCGCCUUCAUAUCCGAUCAAGGGCAACUUGACGGCAUUUUCAAAUGGCGAGUCGCCUAAACAAAUUCUUAUCGAACUGACAUACAUGGGUGCAAGUCAAGAUCCAGAAGAGUCCACCGUUCUAGAGACGUAUUUGAGGGAUCCUCCAGGAUUGUUCCGGCGUUCUCCUGGGGUUUAUACCAAUAGUGAUUAUCGCACGACGACCGAUCUCGGAUGUUUCACCGCUGUUCCAACAGAGAUUUUGGAAAGAAGACUUGCAACUGCACUAAACACCAUCAUCAUGUCCUCGUAUCCGUUGGAUGUACUAGUCGGCGGAAAGGGGCUAGUAUUUGAACAUUGGCAGAAUACCACUGCAUUGUGGAAGGAAUUCGAAAGGGAUAUCUACGUGUUAAGCAAACCGUGGUUUGCUAUGACAAUGCUUUCGACUGUGAUAUUGAUGAUCUGCGCUAUUGCCAACAGCAUCAUUCGUCAACGCAUCAAGGCACCCGACUUUCUGGAUAGUAUUACAGGUCUUACAAGGGAUUCUCAAUUUAUUGAUUUGCCCCAAAUCGGAAGUGGGAGGAGCGGUUCUGAUCAACUUGCAACGAUUAAGAAUGUCCAGGUUCGAAUUGGCGAUAUCUAUCCAGAACGGGAGGUUGGAAGAAUUGCUUUGACCACGGAACUGAACAGCCCGGAACUGAGAUGGAACCGGAGUUAUUCUUGA